AUGAGUCGAACGAUCGAAAGGACGCUGACCAUGCUCCUGCCCACGGCUACGGGUGGCAUUCCUCGCGAAUUAAUCGAUACCACAUCCUCACUUAUCGCACAAUCGCGACAUAAACUAUCGAAUCUCAAGCAAGCCGAGGAACCGGCGCGUGAGAUGUUGUGUGCGCAUUUAGCUUGCGAAAGAUUAAGAACCAAACUCGACCUCCCCGUGUUACCGGAUAAACCACCCGCGCCUGUUCCUCCGAGGUUGUAUAAAACGCUUUACAAGCAGUUUUCGGAAACUUUGGUUAUUGGUUCUUCCGCUAGAGCUGCUGCUGCGGCGGGUUCUUCUAUAACAUUAGAACCCCAUGGUCCUACUACUACUGCUACCUCUUCAACUACUACUCCUGGUAGGAGUAGAACGCGGAAUACGGCAGUAUCAAAACCCAAAUCAGCGUUUAUAACAAACACACCAGCGCCGAAACCGUCGUCUACAACCUCGAAGGACAAGAAUAUAGAACCAUACAUCCCACUUAUCAACGAACUCUGUAACUCCGACUCCGAUAGAAAAACACAACCACCAACAGCAACGGAAAUAUUAAUACGUCAUGUAACCGCGGGGGCGAGUUAUAUAUUCUCGUCCGUGAAGUAUAGGAAUUUGACGGAAACGCCGUAUACGCUUAUUGGGGUGCUUUAUGUGGUUGUGGUUAAGGAAUUGAUGGGGGAAGAGGAGUUUGAGGGACAGGUUGAGGAGGAGAGGAGGGGGUGGUAUGAAGGGAUGAUUGGAGAGGUUUAUAGGUGUUUGAAGGGGAAAGGGGUGGUUAGAGGGAGAGAGGGGACGUGGAAGGAGGAGUUUAAUGGGGUUUUGGCGGAGGUUGCUGGUGGGGAUAUGAGAGAGACGAGGUGGUUUUUGGAUAUGGUUGAUGGGAAGGGGGGUGGAGUUGAAGAGGAGGAGGAAGAUGUUGAGGAAGUGGGUGAGGAGGAGGAGGAGGGGGGUGGUGGGAGGGGGAAAGGGAAGAGGAAGGCUGCGGAUGCGGGAAUGGAGAGCGGAGUUGGGUCUAUGAUGCAGGAUAGGUUGGAUUUCUUGAGUGAUAAGAGGAGGAAGGCGUAUGGUGAAUGGAAGACGGAGACAUUACGUCGGAUUGCCCAGUUAGAGGCAUGA